UCUACAUUAUCUCAGAAACCAAUCCAACAAACAAGUCAACUCAUCGUCUCAUCCUAACUUUAACUCAGCGAAGAGUUCGAGGCCCUCCAGCUUCAAGAAAGAGACGUAUAUCGUAGAUAUGUCUUUCUCUUUUGCUACCAUGGAAGAUUGCAAACCUGCAUCAUCACUAUCAUCAAAGAAGCCUAAAAAGUUCCCCUCAGAAGGCCCAUACCGGCUGUUAUAUUGUUCAAGUAAGGGUGACAAAGCAGGGGUGGAGCAGGAGUUAGAGAAAGGUGUGGAGCCGAAUCUUGGGGACUAUGAUAAGAGAACAGCUCUUCAUUUGGCAUCAUGUGAAGGCUGCACUGAAAUUGUUGUUCUACUUCUUCAGAAAGGUGCUAAUGUUAACUGCACAGACCGCUGGGGCCGCACUCCAUUGUCUGAUGCUCGUAGCUUCGGUCAUGAUGGGAUUUGCAAGAUAUUGGAAGCUAGGGGUGGAAUAGAUCCGGUAGGGCUUGACUCUCAGCUUCCAUGCUAUGAAAUUUCUUACAAAGAGGUGAACAUGGACGAGGCAACACUUAUUGGAGAGGGAGCAUAUGGUGAAAUUUAUUUAGUAAAGUGGCGUGGUACAGAAAUUGCUGCUAAAACAAUUCGUCCCUCCAUCGCUUCUAAACCUACUGUGAAGGCUCUCUUUCUGAAGGAACUUGCUUUGUGGCAACAGUUGCGUCACCCUAACAUAGUGCAAUUCCUUGGGGUCAUGAAGCACCCUGAUCGCUUGAUCUUCCUUACAGAGUUUCUUUGCAAUGGAAGUUUGCAUGAUAUAUUGAAAAGGAAGGGAAGACUUGAUCUGAAAACCGUCGUUGGUUAUGCUUUAGAUAUUGCCAGAGGUAUGAAUUAUCUCCAUCAGCAUAAACCACGCCCUAUAAUCCAUAGAGAUCUUACACCAAGAAAUGUGUUACAAGAUGAAGCUGGACGCCUCAAGGUCACAGAUUUUGGGUUAAGCAAAAUCGCCCAACACAAUGAUGUAUCUGGUUAUAAAAUGACUGGAAGGACAGGCUCAUUUCGGUAUAUGGCACCUGAGGUUUAUCGUCGAGAAUCAUAUGGGAAGAGUAUCGAUAUCUUCUCAUUUGCUCUAUUGGUACAUGAGAUGUUUCUAGGAGGACCACCAAAUCUGGCAGAGGAUCCUGAACAAAUUGCAGACAAGAGAGCAUAUGAAGAUUCAAGACCACCUCUCUACUCUUAUUUGUUCCCUGAACCAAUUAGAAAGCUUCUUAAAGAAUGCUGGCACCCGAAUCCAGAUUGCCGACCUACAUUCGAAGAGAUCAUUGUGGAGUUGGAGUCUAUUCAAGGGUCUAUUCAGGACAGCUUUCAUUUCAAGAAAAGAUUGGGAACCUGUAAUAUUAGGUGUGUCAUCUCUUAAGAUGGGAUUAUGGCAAUCAUAUACUAUCUGUUGUUGUUGUUGUUUUGUGCAUAGGUAUGUGUUACAAUCUGUAAAACUUUUCGAUAAGAAUUUGUAGUCACAUCUCGAACUUUGAAGUUACCUUCCCUUGCACUCAGGUUCACAUCCUAGAUGAACCCUUCAAGGGCACGUGUCAAAUGCAAAAACCCGAUUUCAUUCUAUUUGUACGCAAAUAUAAAUAAAUAAAGGAGAAGACACUUAACAAA